AUGCCUACGCUUUGGGUUCCACUCGACCAGGCUCUCCCGCCCCGCGCAGACCAGUCCUGGGGGACCACGGCGAGGGACUCGGAGGAGGACGUCGGGCUGGCGCCGUAUUGCACAUCAGAGACCGAAGAGGGUUGCGGUCCUGACGAAUGGGGCUCGGAUCUGCCCAACGACGAGUGCGAGGAUGACGACUGCGAACACGAUGAGCUCCGCAGAGAUGUCAUUGCUGCGCCCCAAGUCGUUUCGCUGGCUGAUGUUAUCUCCGAGGAAACGACAACCCUCCAGGCCAAGGAUAGGAGACGAAAGUUCGAUAUAAGUAUGUUCAACUUUCUGAAUAUUAUUGAGGCGAUGACCAUCAUAACCAGAGAGUAUCCUGGCGCGGGCUCGCUCCUUGACCAACCUGGGGCCUCGGACAACGUAUUCCAGUAA